AUGAAAGUCAUUGCUUUGAUUCUUACACUUGCGGCAGUAGCCUCAGCCAGUCCUCGUCGGUGGGAGCUGAUUCCCACGAAGGAUGGCGGAGUCGAGCUUUACGACCUGACCCAGCCUCUGCCGGAAGUGCGGGUCGAUGCAAGUGACGUCGUCUUCCAGCUCUACACUCAAGCAAAUCCAAGUAGUCCUCAAACUUUGACAGCAGGUGGAUCUUAUAUUGGAAACUUCGUUGCCUCGAAACAAACAAAAUUUGUUAGCCAUGGAUGGAUGAACUCAGGGGACCACAUGAGUGACAUCCGUGAUGGCUGGUUACGAGCUGGAGAUUACAAUGUGAUUGUCAUAGACUGGUCAGUCCACGCAGGAAACUGGAAUUACGCUCAGGCAAAAGCUGCAGUAGCAGGAGUUGGAGAAGUGGUGGCAACUUUCAUCAACUGGCUUGCUUCUCUUGGAGCCAGCACCAAUAACAUACAGCUUGUAGGACACAGCCUAGGUGCUCACGUCUGUGGUGUUGCAGGCAAUCGUGUUACUGCAGGAAGACUGAACAGAAUCACAGGCAUGGACCCAGCAGCACCACUCUUUGGUACAGAGUCCACUUCAAACCGUCUUGAUGGAAGUGAUGCUAGCUUUGUACAGGUGAUACAUACCAAUGGUGGACUUCUGGGGUGGUAUGAUGCUAUGGGAACAGCUGACUUCUAUCCAAAUGGUGGACAAUGGCAGCCUGGUUGUGACUAUGAUGUUACAGGUGCGUGUAGCCAUGGUCGGUCAACUGAAUUCUUUGCUGAAUCCAUAACAUCAGGAACAGGAUUUAAGGCAUACCAGUGUGGCAGCUGGAACGACUACAACGCUGGAAACUGUGCUAGCAACCCAACAGCUCUCAUGGGAGAGACUGUCUCAACCAGCGCAUCUGGAACGUACUUUUUGGCAACUGCAAGCUCUUCACCUUAUGCUCUUGGCUAG